AUGCGUUUCUCAUCUGCCCUCGCUCUUGUUGCCGGCGCUGCCACCGCUGCCGCCCAAGUCGCUCUCCCUUCGUCGAUCUUCGGCUUGCCCUUUGGUGCUCAGUGCCAGGGAGCUGUCCUCCAGACCUUGACCAACGGAUCUUUCGCUCAGUGCUUCCCCACUGCCGAUCUCCUGCCUCUGCUUACCACCAACGGCUCGAUCAUUCCUAUCCUUGACAAAUUCAUGACCGAUCUUUGCUACAAGUCGCCAUGCUCCAACGCGACCCUCAUGGCUGCUGCUCAGGCCAUUACCACUGGCUGCGCUGCGGACCUCCAGACCGCCAAGCUCCCCAACACCACUGUUGCCGCUGCUUUCGGUAUCUACCCCGUCCUUCGUGAAGUCCUGUGCUUGAAGACUUCCUCGCCUUACACCGCUCAAUCGUACGGCGGUAUCCUCGGUCCCGCACCCAUCCCCAUCUCUGCCGCCUACAAUCAGACCAACGGCACCUUCUGCGUGUCGUCCGUCCUGACCCAGUACUCGGCGUACCUCGGUGCCAACCUCACCAUCCCCUACAUUGUUGGCGCGGCCACCGGAGCCAACUCUACCGCCGCUUUCCUCGUCAAGCAGACCAACCCCAACGCCCUUUGCAACGAGUGCAUCUUCGGCGCUGUUGGUGUGAUUGAGGCUGCUGCCCCUAUCGUCGGCCGUAUCCCCAUCUCCUCUGUCCUCGCCUACGUCAACAUGACCUACCCCGGGGACAAGAGCGCCACGCUCAACACGAUCCUCAACAGCACCUGCGCUUACAAGCCCCUCGCCGUCAACACUACUGUCCUCCCCCAGAACGUGACUGUGUCGAUCGUCAACUCGACCUUCACACCCCGUCUCCGCCCCGCCACCUCGGCUUAA